UCCAUUUGUAAAAGUAAUAAAAAAAAGAUGUAUUAAUUUGCUAUAUAAGUACGCUGUCACGUUCAAAUACAAUAUUAAAUUUUUUAACUUGUUAAUUUGCAAAUCGAUUACGAGUGUUUUGUGUGGCGAGUACCUACUUCCGCCCGCCUCCUCCUAGCCGUUGUAAAAAGGUCCCGCGAUAUUCUUUAUCUGUGGUUCAGCGCGCCGUUUUUUGGCUUGUCAAUCGAAACCACGCAACAAUUUUCUCUCGAUUUUUGCCGUAAAUUUAAGUAAUUUCUUGAUGUAUUAUAGGAAGAAACAUUGCUAUCGAUGCGCCACUUAAAGUUGCAUGAAGUCUAAGCUCGGAGUGCUCGAAAAUCGGUGUGAUAUUCGUUGUUCCGUCGCAGUGACCCGCGAACUCAUAACAUGCCUCUGUUGAAAAGAAAAGCGUUUGAGAAAUCCACGGCGUCCGGGUACUUGCGGGAUGACGAUGAGGUCUUCCACUGCGAAAUCACCGACGAGAUCUUCAAGGACUAUGAAGAAUAUUGUGAGAGGAUCAUAUUGGUUAAUUCCAUGGUGUGGUCAUGUGAGAUGACAGGGAAGAACAACUUGACGUACGCAGAGGCGCUCGAGAGUGAGAAAGCUGCAAGAAAGUCGCUCAGAGACUUUCCUAUGGAGCUUAGGAUUCCUAUUCUAUACUUGGCAUCAAAAACCAAGCAGAGUUCAUUUGCUGAAAUGGCAGAGAAUGUGUUUAACUACGUGAGGGAGAGGUUCUUUGUGGGGGAGACAGUGGAAGCCUGCUUGGAGGGUGACUCCUGGCAGGAGGCACACAUUCUCUCUAUCACAGCGCAGAAACAACCGCCAGGAAGCAAAGUGGUACUCCCCGGAUCAUCAUACUGCUACGAAGUGGAACAGUACCAAGAGGACAACCCAGCAGGCGGCAAAAUUGGACUUGCCCCUCACGACCGCGUGCGCCGGCGGAAGGGAGUUUAUUCACGGGACAAGAACCGCCUGUUCCUCAAGCAGUUUGUGGAACAGUCUGAAGGCAUCAUUGUCAUCAAGAAAUCUGCACUAGAAAAAUACAACAUAGGCAAAGUGAACUUCGACCAGAUAUUCACGGGCUCCCCGCCCGAGUUCUCCCCCUCCAAGAAACUGCUCAAGUCGCCCCCCACCAAGACCCCUUCCAAGCCAGGGUCAGCCACCAAGCUGAAAGCCAAGAAAGGGACGCCGGAUAAGAAGGGACAGCAGUCCAUGGACAAGUUUCUUAAGAAGACAGAUAAAAAUGAAUCACCCAAACCAAAGACACCAUCAGACCCGAACGCCAAGAAGAACGCCCAGGAACUGGCGGCGAAAAUGCGUCGCGCAGAAGAAGAAAUGCGACAGCGGAAGGAAGAAGAAAAAGCCAAGAAGAAGGCGUACCUUAAGGAGUGGCAGAAGGUUAAAGAAGACCAGGAGCUGGAGGAUCAUAAGAUAAUCCCUAAAGGCACCCCUAUAGACAUGGAAGGCAUACCGCACGAGCAUUUCGGGGACUUUCUCUCCGUGCUCGAGUUUGUGCACAUUCACGGCGAGACGCUCAAGGUCAAAGACACCCUCCACAAUGGCCUCGACGUGGAAACGUUCCGAAAAGCUCUGACUUUGAAACAGCACGCUGGCGUGUUCUCUGACUUGGUGCAGAUGUUCCUCACCACCAUCUUCCAGCUGCAGGAGGACGAGGCCGAGGACUACAACGAGAGCGGCGGCAUACAGGAGUCCACCGACCAUGAGCCCAUGACGGAAGGCAUGGGUAAGGCAGUGGAGCUGGCCACAAAGGCCAGUAAGUGGUCUCAUACUUACCUCGGCACUCCAUUGAGCAAGUUGCCCCUCGACCCUACUACGGUCAGCGAAGUGCUCAGGCUGCACCUGCUGUCGUCGGGCGCGGCGGGCGGCUCGCGCUGCGCCGCGUGGCGCUCGCAGCAGCGCGGCGGCUACAGCAGCCACGACGACGCCGGCCUGCGCCUGCGCCUGCAGCACCCCCACGUACUGCGCGCCUUGCGAGCCAAGCACGUGGCUGAUAUGUCGCUAGGUGACAAGUUCCUCAUCCUGCAGUGUCUCAUGAACCAGAUAAUCAGCUACGCGACGGUGAGGGAUGUCAUUGAAGAGAAACUGGACGAGAUGCGCAACACCAAGCAGGCUCUUAGGUUGUUGCAUAUAAACGAGCGGCGUCGCGAAGCCCAGCUUUUAGCAUCCCGCCAAGAACUAAAAAAGGAGUAUGCGGCCAAGAAAGCUGAGGAAAAACUUACCGGCGAACAGGCCAAAGCUCACGACGAAGCUCUCAAGGCGGCGCUGGAGAAGAUGAAUAAGGAGAGCGAAGGAAUUAAAGCGGAGUACGAGAAGAAAGUCAAGGAGCUGAAGGUGCAGCUGUUCGAUUAUACGUCUUAUGUCGGUUCGGACCGCGCGUUCCGCCGCUAUUGGCUGAAUCAGCACGUGGCGGGGCUGUUCGUGGAAAAUGGCGCCGAAAGCCGCGGCCCGUGUCGAGACAAGAUGGCCGACUUGCACCGGGAGCGAGCCGGCAGUGAUAAAGAGAAUGAAUCAGCAGCGAACUCCCGCGGCGGAUCACCGAAGAAGCCUCUGACCAACAUCAACGGGCUCGCCAACAAGCUCAGCGGCCUCGAGGCCGGCCUCGCGCAGGCGCAGGAGCUCCUGCUGUGCACGGGGGACCCGCCCACCUGUAACGUACAUGGAAAGGACGAACAUCGGCCAUUCUGGUGGGUGUACCACACUCCAGAACAAAUCGAGGGCCUGAUCCAGUCACUCAACAAGCGAGGUCUGAGAGAGAACGACUUACGGCACAACCUCGAGUUGGACAAGGACAACAUACUGGAGUACAUACAGAAAUGUCCGCUUCAUUUAUUAAAUCCGGCUGCUAAAGCGCCCCCGCCAGUACCGUCGACGCGAAUGCACAAAUUCCAGCCCUCCCUCAACGUACCAGAGGACUGCUCGCUCUCGGAGGCCCUGGAACUGUCUCUCAGGGAUCACAUCUUGGAGCUGGAGGAGAAGAUCUUCCAUGGCUGUCUAGGAGUGCUCAAAGUUAAGGACCGCGAAGCGUGGCGCGGCACCAUCAUGGUGCGCGGCUACGACAAGCAGGCCGCCUACCUGGCGUGGGGGCCCGCGCGGCGCUACAGGGACGACCACCACAUGCCUGGCGGGCUCACAGCGGCACCCAAAGACAACAAGACCGACGUAGCGGCCAUACCAGAGAACAAAUACCGCGACCCCGGGCACUGCCUCGAACCUCGGCCGAACGGCGUCAAGGCGGAGCCCGGCGCCGCCAGCGCAGCCCUGCAGGCCACCGUGCGCGGGCUGGCGGGGGCACUGCUGCAGGUGGAGCAGGCCAUACACCACAAGUACAUCAAGCGGCCGCUGGGCCUUAGCGACAAGGAACGCAAAGAGCGCGAGGCCAAAAACAAGCCCCUGGACAACGACACCCUCGAGCGCUGGGAGGUGUCCCUCAUGGAGUGCCGCAGCUUCGCUCAGAUCGUUCUUCAUCUCUUCACCCUCGACUCCAGCAUCACGUGGUCAGCGAGCAUAUUGAAUGCGAGCUGCAGGCUGUGCAGGAGGAAAACGGACCCGGAUAAUAUGUUGCUGUGUGACGGGUGCAAUAAGGGACAUCAUCUGUAUUGCUUGAAGCCUAAACUUACGAAAGUACCUGACGGCGAUUGGUUCUGCGAGCAGUGUCGGCCGAAGGAGCGGACGCCGCGCAAGCGCAGGAAAGUCAUCGAGGAACCUAUCAAUGACGAUAGCGACAGUAAAAGCUCGGAGUCGGAGGGCGAGCUGGACCUGGGCCUGUGCGGCGCGUGCGGCAGCGGCGGCGAGCUGGCGGCCGUGUGCCGCGCGUGCGCGGUGCGCUACCACGCCGAGUGCGUCGCCGCGCCGCCCGCGCGCCAGGCCAAGCGCUGGCUCUGCCGCGCCUGCCAGGCGCCGGCGCACGCGCAACCCAAAAACUCGAGGCACAGAGAGCCGUCGAGCCGGCGCUGCGCCGCGGCGGCGCUGGACAACAUCCACCAGUACACGCGCGCGCUGCACGGCCGCCGCAGCAGCGACGAUUCAUACGACAGUGAAGACAACACAUCGCUAAUAUCACUGAAGAAGACGAGAUCACGACAGAGCAAGGAAGCGUCGCCUCUCGUCAAUGGAAAUACGCCCACUAACAAUAGGAGAUCUCGCAAAUCGAAAGACGAUGUCAACACGAGUGCGAGCAAAAAAGCGAAAACGCCUCUUACGAAUGGUAUUCACGAAGAAAAACAAGUGAACGGCAGAAAACGAGGCAGUAAAGAAACGUCACUCCAUACUGAGGGCUUGGAGCAGCUUCUUAAAGAGGUCAUGAAACACAAGGACUGCUGGCCGUUCUAUGACCCCGUCGAUACGGAAAUGGUGCCAGACUACUUAGACGUCAUCAAAACUCCAAUGGACUUCACGACGAUCAAGGAGAAGCUGUCACGAGGCGGGUACGACACGGACGCGGCGCUGCUGGACGACGUCGCGCUCGUGUUCCACAACUGCUACACUUACAACAAGGACACGCACCCCGUAGCAAAAGCGGGCGUCCGCCUGGAGCAGUACAUCCAGCGGCGCUGCGCCGACCUGUCCCUGCCGCCGCUGGCCGAGCUGAGCCUGGACGAGGCGGCGCCGGGCGCCAAGAAGCCGCGCCUCAAGUGACCGCAGCCGCCGCCGCGCCUGCGCGACUACCUGUGCUACUAGGGCGACAGACGGUUUGGUGUUUCUCCUUAUAUUCUAUGGGCCCCUGGUACCUGGAGGUCCUAAGAUUUGCUUGUAAAGUGAAUAUUACAAAAUAUUGUAGUUCUAGACGCAAUUUUUAUAGCUUGAGUAUAUCUAUCCCGUAACUUGACAGUGUGAUUCUGUGCCAGUAGGAUUGGAGAAACACCGAAAACCAUUGCAUACGUCUGUUCGCCCACCGAGGCUAGUGAGAUUGUGAUUGAACUACUUAUAAUAUAGUGAAUAGUGAUCGGGACACGUAUACGGUGUGAACAAUCAUUCAGUGCUAGUGAGACGACUAUCAUACAGUCAGUUUUGUACUUACCGGUUGAUACAGUUAACUGAACAAGUUUAAACUUUAUUGAAUGGAGAUAAGAUUUAUCAACUCUACCAAUAAUCCGCAAUUGCAAGGACAACUAGUACAAAAAAAUCAUAAAUAGACGGGUCCAUGCAGAGCGAGCAGCCUCGCGAGGAAAUUUCCUCGCGCGGCAAAUGAUGGGCCUCGCGCGGCAAAUGAUGGGCUCUUUUGCCUCAGCACGUUGACCUCACUCGAGCCAAUUUGCUCGGCAAGAUGGCGUCACUCAGUCAGCUCUUCAAAAUGACGCCGCACGAAACGACUACAGUGGCUUGAGUUUCUUUUAUUUUGCUAUUUAAAGCAAUUCAAAAGAAAAUGAGGAAGAAAAGGACAAAACGAUUUGCGGCACUCGAUAUAAUUUUAUUUUCCGACGUCAUAUUUUGAUAAGUUUCAACGUAAGUACGAACAAAAUAACCACGUGCAUCAUAAACAAACACGUCUCCACUGGCGCGCGGCAAACGUCCAAGGCGCAUUUGAGCAUGCUGAAAAACCGACACCGAGCGGCUCGGCCAAGGUCGCGCUCGGACGAAGAAAGGCGCGCGCCGCCUCGGCCGAGGCACGUCUACGCUGGCCGUUUGGUGCGCGAUGAAAUUGCGUCGCGUGUACGCUCGCUCUGUGUGAAACCGCCUAUUGUUGUGUUUUGGAUUUGGAGCACAAACCACCAUUUGUACAACUCCGUGUUUUAACACCUGACUGUAUGACACGUCAAAAAAUUGGUGCAUGUUGUUUAUAAUGUUAAAGAAUUUACUGUAACGCUUUGUGAAUUUCGCCAUUCUGUGACGUGGCCUCGCGUGUAAUAAAAUUUGUUUGACUAGUUAAAUCAUAGCAACUGUAAAAAAUCAUGUGUCUUUAAUAAGGCGAUUUACACACACAUUUACAGAUUGAACAAUGUAUGUCAGUAUAUAGGUAAGUCAGAUUUUUAUUAAAAUACACUCCAUACAAAACACUAUUGAGGACGCAUAGACGCGUGAGAGUCGUGAGACGAUUGAUAUGUCACUCAACGAUAGAUAGGGUGUGGUGUGUGUGAAUCGCUUUAGACUCAAUAGAACUAUAGUUUGGUAACCCAUAUCCGUCAGUAGAAAAUGGCGGAAAAUUUUAAAAAAUGAGUCGUCCUCCCGUAGAAUAUUUGAAUUUCACGCCUUUUUCUACUGAUAAAGUGGUUUGCCAGAGUAUACUAGAGGUGAGAGUAUCUGAGCCACGUCACGAGUAAGUUACGUAAUCAUAAUGAGAAAUAAAAAUUAAUGUCAAUUGUAAUAAUGAAUAUUGAUACGCCUGUUUGAUAUUGGCUACGGCAAAAGUGGUUCGCCGAGAUUUAGAUGAUUGUUGACACUUGCAAAGUAUUGAUCAAUAUUUUCGUAUCAAGUUGAUAAAAUUAAGUAUGUCUAUCAAUAAAUUAAUGUAACUUAGAUGUGAUGACAGUUUAAACGUACCUUUUGAAUCUAAAAUUAGUUACAGCACUAUAUAAUUGUAUCGUUCUACAUAACUUCGUAAUCUGUACACGUAUUUAGCGAAUUUUGUAUAUACUUUAUGCUAUAGCCAAGGAAAUAUUUAAGUUCCGAAGAUUAUACGAAGACACUUUGUAAACAAAAAUGACCCUUAUGUUAUGGAAAUAAGGUCCGUGUCGGUUGUACAUCUUUAAUUUCUUCAUUCGCGGCGUCCACAUAGCCAGCAUACCCGCGAGGCAAUUUCCUCACGCACACAACGGCCGAGGCACGUUUACACUGGCCGGUUUGUGCGCGAGGAAAUUGCCUCGCGCGUGUGCUCGCUCUGUGCGGACCCGGCUAUAUGAUAAUGACUUUUGACGUCACACUUGUACUUAUAAAAGACGUGUGAAUAUUAUAAAACUACUUAGCUUGAAAGACAGUGAGUUAGGCUGGAUCCUACCUUGUUUAACAUAAUUUGCACUUGCUAAAGUACAAGAGUAUUUAGGCCGCAGCUGGACACCAGCGGGCAGCGGGGCGGCGAGCGGGUAUUGAACUCAUCAAAUGCAUGAAUGGCCUUGAACGUCCGAUGCCGUUCAGUCCGCGGCUUUAGGUCUCCGAAUGGAGUAUAUUUGAAACAUAAGUCCAAAUACAAUGUGCACUGUCUUGACAGGUUUUAAUAUUGGUCGUAGCCCAGCUAUCUUCCAUUGAUGUUAUCAGUUAUUAAAGUUGCCAUGCGUAAAAAGAAACUACGCUAAUACGAGUUAAAGCACGAACAGACAGGCGUUCGCGAUGUUGAUACGGUCCGAGGCAUUGAGUGGAAGAUGGUCGUACAUCUGUUAAGGACAUUCGUAAUAAAAAUAGUCAUCAUUGUGUUUGGUCUUACAGCUACAAAUGUGCCUGCAUUUAUUGUCUCAACCUUUAUCCUGUGUCCGUGUUAUUCGAUACUCGCUUGGUAGAGUAGUAAGAAAACACGACUUCCACAAAAGUUGCUGAGCAUUCGUAAACCUUAUUCUAUAAGACAUAAGCUCUACUUAUCGCCAGUUAAUAGUUUAGAAAGUGCCGCUAACGAGUCAGCGGGCCUACCGCCCACGUUCGACGUGAUGCCUCUCUGUCGCACUUGUAAAUUUGUACGUAAGUGUGACAGGGAGGCAGCACGUCGAACGUGGUUCGCGGUAGGCCCUCAGGCCAUAAACCUAUUAGUAGUAGGUUCCUGACUAUUAUCGCUCGACUCACCACAUUUCACUCACCAUUUGUAAAUUUUAUAUCUUAUUGCAAAGUGAUAAGGUCUAUUAAUCGUCAAUAGUGUGCUGACAGUACAAAAAGGUUGAUGCCUGUGCUCACACAAGUUUCAACAAGAAGCGUGAUAACUACCACCGAUCUAUUAGUGAAAUCCUAAGUUAAAUAAAAUAACGUAGAAUUAAUAUAGGUACUUUACGUAAUCAAUUAAUCAUCCACAGGUACCAUCGGCCACCGAUGGUCAGAUAACAAUGUUUCUGAUUUGUUUUUAUAGUACGAUCACGGACACAGGAAUGGCAGUGAUUUAAUUUUAAGGCUUGUGUUCGACAACAAUUAGUAUUUAUUUUUAAAAUAAGUAUUUAGACCUAGUUUUAAAUCGUAAGUUUUCAUCAAAAAGGAUUUUAUUCGCUGCUGUUUUAUUUCGCAACUUUUAUUUUUCUUUUUUUUUUCUUUUAUUUAGUGUUGCUAGUUUUGAAACCAGUGACGAGCCUGGCUACUCCAAAUUGUUUUUGGUUUGAAAUUAUUGUUAAUUAUUUUAAUGCCGCGAUCAAAAUGCAUUCCUAUAAAAUAGCAUGUUGGUUUUUAAGUGCAUUGUAUCAAUAAUGAUUGUUUGCGAUUAUUAAUUUAUUGAUUUCAUUUAUAAGUUUUUUAAUAAUUUACAUUUCUAGUAAUAAAGCACCCAGUAAGGUAUGCAA